AUGGACUGGCCAAAUCACAAAGGCCAUUGCAGGGACAUGCAGCAACGGAAGAUACUGCUCCGAGCUGCCCAGAUACUGAAGGCAGCUAUGUUAGCAUACAGAGAGACUGUAUACGAUGUGGAUCUAACCAAAAUCGAGUAUCGUGAUGGGGUCCUCUAUCUCCAUCAAAAUCAAAGAUCGGUUUCGUCUCAAUCCAAACGUGGUCCCUUCCCAAACCACAUGACCGACAACAUCGAGCACAAGGAAGCGGCUCUCGUCAAAAGCCAAUCCACAGCAGCCAUGGCGCUCUUGGGUCCAUUGACCAGAAAACUUCUUAGAGGCAUACCCUUGGAAAUUGAGACCAUGGUCGUCAAUAUCGGAAGACCACGGGUUCCAACUAGGCUUGUUCCUGGUCCCGAUUUGCACGGCGGUCCACACUCGGUGUUGAAGAUAGGACGAAUCGAGAGCAAUGAAACAUGGAUCAUCGAUACAACAGGCUGUCAAUAUGGAUUCCGAGAUGUGCUUGUUCCAUUUGUCAAGUACUUUAUUGACAACAAAUGCCGGAUAUUGAAUGGACCACAGAUUUACGACGCAUGCGAGACGAAGGACUUGGACUAUUUGUCAACUCUUCAUGUCUUCAACAAAACAAAAGCACAACGGCAGGAUAUGCGACUAGAACGACUAACCCGUCACCAUUUUGCCGUCUUCAUUUAUAUGAGUGUGGGUGAUAACUUCCUUGUGGGCUCUGGCACCGACUACCAGGGAAAGAUUGAUCGCUUCGUCAAUGAACUCAAAACUCACAUGGUUGAUUCCAUGAGAAAGACAGGUGACAAUUUUGAAGAUUCUGAAGAUGAUUGA